UCUCUGUUAUUGUAUAUGGAAGAGAAUAUCAUCAGCGUAUAUCUUGGAAUAUCGAUGACGAUAGAGCUUGGAUAGUAUAUGAAGAUGAAUUACUAGAUCUAAUAAAAAUGAUCUCUGUACUGGCUCCAUUGUGCCAAAAAGUAGAACAUAUUACCACUGUCUUUGGCAAGGAUUGGGGUAUUCAUAUGCAUGGAUCACAACCUUUCAUCCCAAUGAGAUCUGUCCUCUCCGUUUACCUUUACCAUAACGCAUUUUUUGCAUCACUCCAUGAGUCAUUACAGAUCGUUAGUAGGUGUUUUCCAAAUGCAAAAAGUCUUGUGCUGGAUUGCGACUUCGCGUUAUUUAAAUCCGCUUCCAGACACCACUCUGGCAUCCCGCUGUCUUCACUGAGAAGAUUGGAAUUACGUAUCCUACAUUGCCGCGAUACUCUUGACAACCUCUUUCUUCUGCUUUCUUCUUCCUGUCAAAACAUUGAAUCCCUCACCGUCACAAGCGAUGAUCCCCUCAAAUGUGAGAAGUCAAGGACAGCCAUUACAGAAUGUAAAUUACCCAAUCUGACUGAUAUCCAUCUUGAAUUGUGUUGGUCUGACCAUGGACAUGUAGUGCGGAGGUAUAAAGAGCACUAUGCACUCCAAAUGAUAACAGACUUACUAUACUUAGGUCGUAUGAUGAGUCCUAGUUUGAAAUUUGUCAAAGUAAAAAGUGUAAAGCUAGGAGAUGUAGUUAUGAAGAGUAUUGAAUGGUCCCGAACAUCAUCAGAUUGUGUGUUGCAGAUUCAAGAUGUAUCACUACUCGCAGAAAGGUUGGCUUUUGCAUACACAUUGCGAAAGUCAGCUGCUGUACCCAUAACCAAGUUAAUCGAUAUUACAACCAGUGAAUUUAAAGAGGUUACUGUCCUUACACUUGUCAGUUGCAAGAUUGAUUUUGGGCAGUCUAAACGUAAGUCCCAUCAAAGCCCGAAGGAUCUUGGUACGUUGUGGGAAAUAAGGUUCUUUAGUUCAGAAUACCCACUUUCCGAAUCUGAUAGGAAAAAGCUUGUUGAGUUGUAUCCUAAUGUCAAAGUGACUGACGAACAGGAGAGUCAUGAAUCAUCUGAAGAAUCUCAGGAGGGUGCAGGGAUACCUUCCAAGUUGAACAAAGCCUUCUCUCAAUCACUCAAGACAUCUGCCAUAGAUAAACUUUCUGAGGUAAAGGUUGAAUUUCAUGAAGACACAGGCUCACAGAACCCUGAAAGUGGAGAAGAAGAAACAUCAUGGCAAGAAAAAGAAGAGGAAUUUGACGUCAACAAAGGAAGCCUGUCAAAUGAAUCAGUACCCGAUGAAGGAGAUGUCGAAACAACCAAGAAAGAGUGCUGCAAGAGAGUUGGAGCCGAUGGUGGUAGACUGCGGCUAGAAUCCUUUGGGAUUGAACUUGAGAUUCCCUCUGGUGCAAUCGACAGCAAAGAGCCACAUGAAAUCUCUCUACGUGUCCUGACCGAUACUCCUAAUCUUGGUGACACCAAAAAAGAGAUGUCAGUCUGCUUUGGUGUACAAUGCUUAGCUCCUGAUGACUUAAUUCUGAGGUCACCGGUGACUUACACAAUACCUCAUUGCGCUGUUGCAGCACGGUACUCCAGUUUACAGGCAGUCCUAUACUCAGGAGAGGGGGAAUACUCGCCACAUGCAGUUAUUAAAGAACGGAAAGUACUGUCACAAUCAGGAAUCCCCAGCUGCAAAAUCAGGAAGGACGUACUCGAACUCAAGAUGGAUCAUUUUUCGUGGGCGAAGAUUAAGAUCAUGAUCAAGAACCUCUUCUUUCGCGGAAAAAGGAUGUGCUUCGUGCCGUUUAAAGAGAAGAACUUGACCUUGACAAAGACACCUCUUAUCUUACAUGCCAACUUUUAUGAUGAUGUACAAGGGAACAAGGAGACGGUUAAGAGCGAUCAAGAGGAACUAGGAUACAAACCGGCUUAUGAUGAACAACAUGUGCUUAUUAAGAAGGCAGAAGUUGAUCUUAAGGUGACAUAUUGUGUGGACGGCAACGAAGAACGAAGUGCGGAAUGA